UACCUCAUAAAAAAGUCGCCUAGACUUUUCACUCAUUCUCUAUUUGGCCCCGUAUAUAAAAUUUUAUUUGGUAUAAGAAAAAUGCCUAGCCUAGUCAACAACGAAAUUGAGGCCGCGGUCAAGGGCUUUCUGAUCGACCAGGAGAAGAUGGUCGAGGUGGUGGAGCGCAUGACCAAGGAGAUCAAGAUGGGCCUGGCCAAGGACACGCAUGCGCGAGCGGUGAUCAAGUGUUUCGUCAGCUAUGUGCAAGAUCUGCCCACUGGCAAGGAGCGCGGAAAGUUUUUAGCCCUGGAUCUGGGUGGCUCCACUUUCAGGGUGCUUUUGGUGAACCUGGUGAGCGGAUCGGACGUGGAAACCACGUCGAAGAGUUUCAAUUUUCCCGUCACCCUGAUGGCCGGAUCAGGAAAGGCGCUCUUCGACUUCCUUGCCGAGUGCCUGUCGGAGUUUUGCCACCACCAUGGCCUGGAGAACGAAUCCCUGCCUCUGGGCUUCACCUUCUCGUUUCCGCUCCAGCAACAGGGACUCUCCAAAGGCCUCCUAGUGGCCUGGACCAAAGGAUUCAGUUGCGAAGGCGUGGUGGGCAAGAAUGUGGUAAGUCUUCUCCAGGAGGCCAUCGACCGAAGGGGCGAUAUGAAGGUCAACACAGUGGCCAUUCUCAACGAUACGGUGGGCACUCUGAUGUCCUGCGCAUUCUAUCAUCCCAACUGCCGGAUAGGACUGAUCGUGGGAACCGGCAGUAAUGCCUGCUAUGUGGAGAAAACAGUGAAUGCCGAAUGCUUCGAGGGAUAUCAGACCAGUCCCAAGCCGUCGAUGAUCAUCAACUGCGAGUGGGGCGCCUUCGGGGACAACGGUGUCCUGGAGUUCGUUCGAACUAACUACGACAAGAUAAUCGACAGGGUAACACCCAAUCCCGGCAAACAGACCUUCGAAAAGUGCAUCUCGGGCAUGUACAUGGGUGAACUUGUACGUUUGGUCGUCAUCGACAUGGUGGCCAAGAACCUUAUGUUCCACGGCAUCACUUCCGAAAAGAUCCAGGAGCGCUGGAGCUUCAAAUCCUCCUUUAUCUCCGAUAUUGAAAGUGAUCCACCUGGAGAGUAUCGCUUCUGCAAUAAGGUCCUCAACGAAAUUGGCAUCGUGGGCUGCCCGGAGCCGGACAAAGAGGCCCUGCGGUUCAUCUGCGAGGCGGUGUCCUCCAGGUCCGCCAAGUUGUGUGCCUGCGGGCUGGUCACGAUCAUCAACAAGAUGAACAUCAACGAGGUGGUCAUCGGCAUCGAUGGCAGCGUGUAUCGCUUUCAUCCCAAGUACCACGAUUUGCUGCAUUUCCACAUGAAGAAGCUGCUCAAGCCGGGCGUCAAGUUCGAACUUGUUGCUUCGGAGGACGGAUCCGGCAGAGGAGCGGCUCUGGUGGCGGCCACGGCUGUGCAAGGCAAGGCCAAGCUCUAAAUUCAAAGUUAUCCUAUUUCAAUGCAUAGAACACGUUACUGAAAGUAGUACUCAAAUCCAUAAAAUUAUAGUAAAAGAGAUAUAUAUAA